ACCAGAGACAUUAAGGUUCUAUCUUGUUUCGAAUAAUCUGAAGCAAAUUGAUCUGUGGAAGAAGCGAAGGUCGAAAACAAAUUCUAUUCCCGGAGCUGCAAACCAGUAAAUUUGCAGUUGUAGUUACCAGCUUGGUUAGUCAAGAGAGGUUCCAAGCAUAUAAUAAAUCUAUGGCAUAUGCAACAGGAAUGACGCUUGCUUCAAGGAGUAUCUUUCCUAUUUGUUCCAGGACCUUAUCAUCUCCCUUACGUGUGGCUUCUUUACUUGUUUUUACUGAGAUAUCCUCGUCCACUUUCUUCAGAAGGGUCCAAGUUCCUCACUUUUACUCCACUUCUACUACUCCUCUGUUCUCCUCUGCUAAGUGCUCAGUUCAAUCUACUUCAUCUCCUGAGACAGUAACACAAACUGUUUCUCGCCCUAAUGUAGUCGAUAUACUUGAAGAAAGAGGACUCCUCGAGUCAGUCACAAGCGAGAAUCUCAGGUCUGCUUCUUCUGAUCCUAAAGUAGCUCCUCUAAGGGUCUACUGCGGGUUUGAUCCGACUGCUGAGAGUUUACACUUGGGUAAUCUACUUGGUAUCAUUGUGCUUUCUUGGUUCCAAAGAUGUGGACAUCAAGCCGUUGGUUUAAUCGGUGGUGCCACGGGACGGGUUGGUGACCCAUCUGGUAAAAGCCUAGAAAGACCUGAGCUUGACGCUGAUACACUGGAGAAAAACAUUUCGGGUAUUAAGAAAAUCAUUAUCAAGAUUCUUGGUAGUAAUCCGAGUUCCAGUAGCUCUUAUAUGAUUCUUAAUAACUAUGACUGGUGGAAAGAUAUGACAAUGCUCGAGUUUUUGAACAAAGUCGGUAGGUUUGCUAGGGUUGGUACUAUGAUGGCAAAGGAGAGUGUUAAGAAGAGAUUAGAAUCAGAACAAGGUAUGAGCUACACCGAGUUCACUUAUCAGUUGUUGCAAGCCUAUGAUUUUCUUCACCUGUUCAAGAACGAAGGGAUCAAUGUUCAGAUAGGUGGCAGUGAUCAAUGGGGGAAUAUAACAGCUGGAACUGAUUUGAUCAGGAAGAUUCUCCAUACAGAAGAAGCAACUUACGGGCUAACAUUUCCUCUCCUAUUGAAAAACGACGGGACGAAAUUCGGGAAAUCAGAAGAUGGAGCAAUCUGGCUCUCUCCUUCGAUGCUAUCCCCUUAUAAGUUCUAUCAGUACUUCUUCUCAGUUCCAGACGUUGAUGUGAUACGUUUCUUAAAGACCCUAACUUUUCUGAGUUUGGAUGAGAUAAAGAUCUUAGAAGAUCAAAUGAGCAAACCCGGGUAUGUUCCUAAUACUGCGCAAAUCAAACUCGCUGAAGAAGUAACUAGAUUUGUACAUGGUGAAGAGGGUUUGAAGGAAGCCAUAAAAGCAACAGAAGCUUUAAGACCAGGAGCUGAGACAAAGCUUGAUUGGAAUUUGAUUGAGAGAAUAGCAGAGGAUAUACCUUCUUGCUCACUGCCUAUUGAUCGAGUCUCGGGUUCAUCGAUUGUGGAUCUAUCGGUUUCUGCGGGUUUGUUUGAGAGUAAAUCUGCUGCGAGGAGAAUGUUGAAACAAGGUGGGUUUUAUAUGAACAAUGAGAGAGUGGAUGAUGAGAAUAAGAGAGUUGAAGAAGAAGAUAUUGUUGAAGGGAAAGGUCUUGUUCUUUCUGCAGGCAAGAAAAAUAAAGUGGUCGUUAGAAUUUCCUGAUUUUUGUUAUAACAGCAUUGAAUUUUUAAUGUUUCAUAAGCUUCAUAUUGUUUUAUUUAAUUUAAUUACUCCAAGGUAUUAUUAUUAACAAUGAUGAUAAUGCUUUAAUACAUUUUUGUGUUUGUAUUA